UUCGUGGUUUGAGCGGUGUGUGUGACUGUUGGGGACGCCUUCCUGACCGGACGCUGCUUGGAAGCGUGCUCUGCGUUCGCACUGCCUAUUGGGCCCACCAUGAGGCGCCUAGGUUCGGUGCAGCGGAAAAUGCCGUGUGUAUUUGUGACGGAGGUGAAAGAGGAGCCCUCCACCAAAAGGGAGCAUCAGCCAUUUAAAGUUUUGGCAACUGAAACUCUAAGUCACAAGGCAUUAGAUGCAGAUAUAUACAGUGCAAUUCCAACAGAAAAAGUGGAUGGAACAUGUUGUUAUAUUACUACUUACAAAGGUCAGCCAUACCUUUGGGCUCGGCUAGAUAGAAAACCUAACAAAUUAGCUGAGAAAAGAUUUAAAAAUUUUCUACAUUCAAAACAAAACUCAAAAGAAUUUUUUUGGAAUGUUGAGGAGGACUUCAAACCUGUUCCAGAGUGCUGGAUACCAGCGAAAGAAAUAGAACAAUUAAAUGGGAAUCCGAUGCCUGAUGAAAAUGGACACAUUCCUGGUUGGGUACCAGUGGAGAAAAACAACAAGCAAUAUUGCUGGCAUUCCUCUGUAGUUAAUUAUGAAUUCGAAGUUGCCCUGGUACUGAAGCAUCAUCCUGAUGAUCCUGGGCUUCUGGAAAUUAGUGCAGUGCCACUCUCAGAUCUCCUGGAACAAACACUAGAGCUUAUAGGAACAAAUAUUAAUGGAAACCCGUAUGGUUUAGGAAGCAAGAAGCAUCCAUUACAUCUUCUUAUACCACAUGGGGCAUUUCAAAUCAGAAAUCUACCUUCCUUGAAGCACAAUGACCUAUUAUCCUGGUUUGAAGGUUGCAGAGAGGGUAAAAUUGAAGGAAUAGUGUGGCAUUGCAACGAUGGCUGUUUAAUCAAGGUUCACCGCCAUCAUCUUGGUUUAUGCUGGCCAAUUCCAGAGACUUACAUGAAUUCAAAACCAGUUAUUAUCAACAUGAACCUGAACAAGUAUGACCAUGGCUUUGAUACCAAAUGUUUGUUUAGUCUUUUUUCAAAAAUAGAUAAUCAGAAAUUUGGUAGACUGAAAGAUAUAAUACUUGAUAUAAACUAGAAAUGCAGUUAAGAACCAGCUUUAUUGUUAUCUUUGAAUCUUGAAAAUUCUGCCAUAUAUGGAAGGUAAAAAAAUCUCAAGGUUCCAUGUCUAAUAGAGCAGUAAUCUUCUAGCAUUUGAAGAAACAAAUUUCUCAGUUGCAAAGGUCUAUUCAAAAUUUUAUUUAGAACCAGCAAAUGAAUUUAAGCCACUACUGCAUUAAAAAUGUAGUAAUAAGCUCCUUACCUUAAAUGCAGCAAUUAAACCAACAAUUCUGGAUCAUCAACUUUAAAUAGAUCAAGAUGAAUUUAUUCUGACACUUAACAAAACUUAUGGCUAUAACCUCAUACCUGUUUAUAUACAUUACACAUAUAUAAAACUAGAGUCUUAACACACAUAUAAAUAAGUAUAUUUAUAAACCCCAACUUUAAAUGUUAAAGUUAUUAAAGUUCACCCCUAAACUCUUUAAAAAACUUAAACAUUAUGUAUACAGAAAUUCAUCGUAGCUUAUUUGAUCUAGUCAUACCUUAUGCUAAAAGUCAUCAAAAAUAUACUUUAAAAUUUCAUAUAACUUUAUUUACUAAAACUUCAAUUUAAUAAAGGUACAGGGUAUGAAGAAGGAAAUCAUGUAGGUCAGAGAUCUGCGUGAUUUCCAGAUGGAGUUUUGACUUAUAAAGUAGAUAGUUAAAUAAAAUUACAGGUAUGGGUAGUUUAAUAAAUGGGAAGAUCAGCAGGACUUUCCUCUUCAUCUUCAAACUGUUCAGAAUCAGCAAUAGGACUAGUUAACUCAACUCCACAUUGUUCAGAAAGUUUUUUUAACUUCUCUUCUAAGAGAAUAUUCUUCUUCACUUCUUCUUUAUAAUUAUACUUGAGAUCUUCAAUUUCUUCAAAAAAUGAAGGAUCAAAGUUUUCCAGUUCUUUUUUCAGCUUUUUUAUUUCCUCCUAAUAGAAACAUAAUAUCUUUGAAAGGUAUGUAAGAAUAUAAUAUAUUCUUUAGAUUUGAAAUAAAGAGACUUAAUUACAAACAUAAAAUCCAAAGUAACCUGAAUAAUCUAAUACACUUAUAGGCAGAAGUAUGUUUUUAGAAUUUCGCAAAUAAGGUUUCCUUGUACAGCAUAAAUAACUAACUUGUUCACUAACAAAUUAAGUUAUCCCGUAAGUUAUGUCCUACUUUUUGACUAAAAUUUAUCAGUUCUUAAACGGAGAUGGCAUUUAAUCUUUCUCCAGAAGUAUAUCAGAUACUCUCAUUGAGGCAAUCAAAAAGACUUGGCCAAUCACAACAUAGGUUAUUUUGGUUAAGAUUCUUUGGUUUUGGUUAAGAUUCUUUGGUUUAGGGUUCAUUUAUGUUUUCUUCACAAACACUUAUUUUUUUUUAAAAUGAAUAAUAGUUUCUUGUAUUUAGAAUUAGGGAAACUCUAGGACUUAUGCCUGGCGAAGAAGCAUCUGGUGAAGAGACAAUUUGGACUGUAGAAUAGCGAGUGAUCACUAGUUAAUUCUUCAGCUUAUGCUCUUUUAUUCUGUUUAUAGAUUCCUUAAGAGAUAAAGCAUGGCAGAUAUCUUUCUUUAAUAAAGGGAGCUAUUCCUGAAAAGAAUUUCAAAAGGAAAUAAAAGGGGCGCCUGGGUGGC